AGACUGGAAUAUUUUGAGCGCUGAUGAAGCGCGAGGAGCUUUGUUUGUUUGUUUGUUUGUUUGUUUGUGCCUGUGUAUUAGAACCUGCGAGAUGAGAUGCAAACUUCUGACCCGGAAGCGGGGUAUUUAUUCUGUUCAGUGCACGUGACAUAAAAUCUAAGAGUUGUUUAUGACGGGUUCGCGUGAAGCUGUCAACUCGUGCAGCGCGCGCGUGUACGUACAUACAUACAUACAUACAUACAGGCGCGCGCGCGCACACCGUGUGGAUUGGCGAGCGCGUUUGUUAUUGCUGGUGACGUGUUUCUCCGCCGCGCUCUCGCCCCUCCCGUUCCUCCCCGGGUCCGUUCCCGAGCCACGCUCUCGUCUUCUUCGAAGUCGCAGUGUUCCAGUCGGUUGUCAUGGCGGAGGGACGUGGCGAUCUACCGCCGCCGCUCCAGCUCGCUUCACCGCCGGCCAGCAAGCGGCCGUGUCUGCGUCCCGCUCCGCGCGGUCCAGGUCCCGGGCCCGGUCCCGGGCUCUCUGCUGGGCGCCCUCGCUGCCCGGAGUCGUUGCUGGACUGCGCCGCCAAGGCCGUCGCGGAGAAGUGGGCCUUCGAGCGGGUGGAGGAGCGCUUCGAGAGGAUCCCCGAGCCCGUUCAGCGCCGCAUCGUCUUCUGGUCCUUCCCGAGGAACGAACGGGAGAUUUGCAUGUACUCGUCGUUUCAGUGCCGCGCCGCCGCCGAGGAGUCUCCGUCCAAUACCGGGAGCUCCUCCUCCUCCGCCGCCGCCGCGUCCACCGGAUCCGCUGGAGGUCCCGGAGCCGCGUCCACCCCGGCGGGCAGCUCGAGCUCCACCGGCGCUGGCGCGAGCGCAGGAGCGGACGGACUCCCUUUCCGGCGCGGGAUCCGCCUUUUGGAAAUGGGCUGCGUGGAAAACGUCCUGCAAGUCGGUUUCCACCUUAGUGGAACGGUAACAGAACCGGCCACGCACUCAGAGCCCGAGGUGACGCACCGGGUGGCCAUCAGCUUCGACCGCUGCAAGAUUACAUCAGUGACAUGUGGCUGCGGCAACCGCGACAUCUUCUACUGCGCCCACGUGGUGGCCCUCUCGCUGUACCGCAUCCGACGGGCCGAACAGGUGAAGCUGCGGCUGCCCAUCUCCGAGACACUCUUCCAGAUGAACCGGGACCAGCUGCAGAAACUCGUACAGUAUCUGAUCACGGCGCACCACACCGAAGUGCUGCCCACGGCGCAGAAACUUGCCGACGAGAUCCUAUCCUCCAACUCUGAGAUCAAUCAAGUGCACGGGGCCCCGGACCCUACAGCAGGAGCCAGUAUUGAUGAUGAUAACUGCUGGCACCUGGAUGAGGAGCAGGUACGCGAGCAGGUCAAACAGUUCCUUUCUCAGGGAGGCUACUACGGCUCGGGAAAGCAGCUUAACUCCAUGUUCGCCAAGGUGCGGGAGAUGCUGCGUAUGCGGGACUCGAACGGAGCGCGCAUGCUCACCCUCAUCACGGAGCAGUUUAUGGCUGACCCGCGCCUGUCGCUAUGGCGACAACAAGGCACGGGAAUGACUGACAAGUGUCGGCAGCUGUGGGACGAACUGGGUGCAUUGUGGGUGUGCAUUGUGCUGAACCCUCACUGUAAGAGCGAGGAGAAGAGCGCAUGGCUCAAACAGCUGAAGAAGUGGAGCGACAUGGAUAUCUGCCCGCUGGAGGACGGCAACUACGGCAGCGAGCUUCCUAACAUCACCAACGCCCUGCCUCAGAGCAACCUGGCACACGAUUCAUUGGCCAGACCGAGACGGACGGUGUUCACUCGUGCCAUGGAGGCGUGCGACCUGCACUGGCAGGACAGCCACCUGCAACGAAUCAUCAGCAGCGAUUUUUAUGUGUCGCCCGCUUACCAGAGAGAGGGAGAGAACCUGCUGUUUAACCCUCAGGGCCUGCCACUGUGGCUGGAUCAUGUGCCUACUGCAUGUGCCAGGGUGGACGCCCUGCGUUCCCACGGUUACCCAAGAGAAGCCCUACGAUUGGCCGUGGCGAUUAUCAACACACUCCGGCUUCAGCAGCAGAGGCAGCUGGACAUUUACAAACACCAGAAGAAAGAGCUGCUGCAGAGAGGAAUGACCAACACUACCAAUCUGGAGGGCUGGGUGGGCCACCCGCUUGACCCCAUCGGCUGCCUCUUCGCCACUCUAACAGAGACGUGUCGAAUGGAGGACGACAACGCCAUGGAUACUGGAGACUCCGGUGAUCCCAAAUCCCCCGUGUAUCAGCACGUCCCCGUGUGGGGCUGUCCAGACGUCGGCGAGUCGUACCUGGCCUUGGCGCUGGAGGUAGCACUGAUGGGUAUGGGGCAGCAGAGACUGAUGCCCGAGGGCUUAUAUGCCCAGGAUAAGGUGUGUCGUAACGAGGAGCAGAUUGUCGCCAAGCUGCAGGAACUGGAGCUGGACGAGCUGCUGGUACACACACUGCGCAAGCAGGCCAUGCUUCUGUUGGAAGGCGGUCCCUUCAGCGGCCUGGGUGAAGUGAUCCACAGAGAGAGCGUGCCCAUGCAUACGUUUGCUAAGUACCUGUUCACAGCACUCCUUCCUCAUGACACAGACCUGGCCUACAAGAUCGGCCUGAGGGCCAUGAGGUUGCCUGUUCUGGAGUCCACAGCUCCAUCGGGUGAUGUGGGUCACCCGCACCAUGGCAUCUCCAUUGUCCCGAGCAGAUACCCACGCUGGUUCACCCUCGGGCACCUGGAGUCCCAGCAGUGCGAGUUGGCAUCAACCAUGCUCACCGCAGCCAAGGGAGACAUGCUGAGACUGCGCACGGUCCUCGAGGCCAUCCAGAAAAACAUCCACUCCUCGUCACUCAUCUUCAAACUGGCUCAAGACGCGUUCAAGAUUGCCACGCCCGCAGACAGCCCGCCUGAUAUCACCCUGCUCAACGUGGCCCUGGAGCUCGGCCUUCAGGUGAUGAGGAUGACUCUGUCCACUCUGAACUGGAGACGCAGAGAGAUGGUGCGCUGGCUCGUCACCUGCGCUACGGAAGUCGGGCUGCGGGCGCUGGUGAGCAUUCUGCAGAGUUGGUACACGCUGUUCACACCCACUGAGGCUACGAGUAUUGUUGCUGCAGCGGUCAUGUCUCACGGCACAGCGCUGCGACUCAGCCUGGACUACGGGCAGCGUGAGGAGCUGGCGAGCUGUGCCAGAACACUCGCACUGCAGUGUGCCAUGAAGGACCCUGCCAAUUGUGCACUGUCUGCACUCACACUCUGUGAGAAGGAGCACGUGGCCUUCGAGACAGCCUACCAGAUCGCCGUGGAUGCGGCGGCGACGGCUAUGACGCACGCGCAACUGUUCACCAUCGCGCGAUACAUGGAGCACCGUGGCUACCCGUUGCGUGCCUUCAAGCUGGCGUCGUUGGCCAUGGCACACGUGAGCCUGGCGUACAACCAGGACACACAUCCAGCCAUCAACGACGUCCUGUGGGCGUGCGCUCUGAGCCACUCACUGGGCAAGAACGAGCUGGGCGCCAUGGUGCCGUUGGUGGUAAAAGGUGUACGCUGUGCCACCGUGCUCUCGGACAUCCUGCGCCGCUGCACGGUCACAGCACCUGGCCUGGCUGGGAUCCCUGGCCGCCGCAGCUCAGGCAAGCUUAUGAGCACGGACAAGGCGCCACUGCGCCAACUGCUGGACGCCGCUAUCGGCGCCUACAUCAGCACCACACACUCGCGCCUCACGCACAUCAGCCCACGCCACUACGGUGAGUUCAUUGAAUUCCUGGGCAAAGCUCGUGACACCUUCCUGAUGGCGCACGACGGUCACGUGCAGUUCGCCCAGUUUAUCGACAACCUCAAGCAGAUCUACAAGGGCAAGAAGAAGCUCAUGAUGCUCGUGCGUGAGCGAUUCGGCUGAGGAGAUUAUCAACGACUCCCCACCCGCUCCUCACUCCUCGUUUAUUUAAGGCAUUAUUUUCUUCCUGUAUAUUCUGAUUAUCCUUUAUUUUUUAUUUUUCUUAGUCGAAUACAGUUCGCGUUUAGUGGACAACCAACGUUCACUGAUUUAUUCGAACCUGUGGAGGCCAGAACAACCUUUUUAUUUUGGCUUUAGUUUAAUAGAGAUGCAGAAGUGGCACAUAAAGAGAAACCAAAUGAUAGGCGGAGUCUUUCGAGCCUUUUCCAUCGUGGUGAUUGGUGGUUCUUCUUCUUCUUUUUUUCGGCAAAGAGCUCAUACGCUCGAAACAGUCAUUCCGGAAAAAAAAAAAAAAAAACACUCGCACACAGUGUUAGUUAUACCUCGAUCGUAUUUUAAGGAACAGCUUUAACAGGACGAGGCUGAGGCCUUGUUCGCCGGGGGUAGAGCAAAAAAGCUAGCUGAAAUAUCGAGGUGUUCGUCAUCUUAACGCAAUCCCACGUAACCCAGGAAUCAGCCAAGCCGUGAACGCCACUCUUCCGUGUGUGUGUGUGUGUGUGUCCCCCCGCUCCUCUUGGUUUGUCUUUGCCCUUUUUUCUCGUGUUGGGAAGAAAGCGAUUUAAGGGAACGUUACUGAGAGCCACGCCUCCACACCUGAGAAGAGCACAGGGUUUCCUUCUCCGCCUGAAUCUGAACAAAAACCUCAUCUUUAUAAAGAUGGCUUUACUUUUGGGGUUUGGGGGAGGGGUUAUUGCAGAUGGAGAUUCUUGCACCGUUAAAGCUUAGCAUUAUCAUGCAUGCAAUGCUUCGUCAAAUUUGCUGUGACUUCUUGGAAGUAGUAAUGUCUGGCAGCGAUUAUUGGCACGUGACUCUUCUCAUCCAAGACAUUCUUAGAGAAAAUUAAUCAGAAACAAAAAUAUCCUAACUGUAAUUGUGUUGUAAUACAAGCACUUGAUUCACUCCGGCCCCUUUCACCUUGUCUGCAUUAACAAUUCUAUUUCCUAAGCAUUAAUCAAAAUUUGGUCACAUUUUGAGAUUUUUUUUUUUUUUUUUUAAAUAAAACCUGUUCCACAUGCCACCCCUGACCACGCCCCUCCCUCCCUCCCUCCAAGCGCCUGCUCGGCUCCCAACACUUAGAAUGCACUCGGCGGCUAUGAACGGAAGGAAACCUGGAAAGAAAGGACAAGAUGCUCAACUCAGUUCUCAGGGAAUCACUUAAAGAAACGAAACAAAAAAAUAGUAGCAUAAGCAUUUAAGAUAUUGUAAAUAUGAAAGUGUCAAUUCAAAAAAUUGUAAAGUUAUAAUUAUUUAUGAUAACUGUAUGUUUUUGUUUUUUUUUUUUCUUUUCGGAUACUUGAAUUUGUCGCGGGCUGGGAAUGUGAUGGCAGAAAGACUUUAAAAAAAAAAACAUUUCUCAGGUGCUCCUGUGAACAGUUCCUUUUUUUCCUCCUUCUUUCUUUUUUUUGGUCUUUUGUACACUUAGUUUUUGGCAAGAGAAGCAUGGUGUGUUGUAAAAAAAAAUACUGAAGGGAAGAAAGAAAAGGAAGAACAGCCGUUGAACUGACUAUGCAGAACCACUUCCUGAUAUAUAUAUAUAUAUAUAUUAUAUAUUUUUUUCUCCCUCUAUUUAACCCUCUUUCGGAACGGAGAGUUUUGGGACAUUUGCCUUUUGAUUGAGUGACUUGCAUAUGUCUCUUUCUUUCUCUCUUUCUUUCUUUCGUUUUAACUUUGAAGCCUUAUCAAAUUCUAAAAGUGAUUUAGCAAGUCUGAUUGCAGAAGGAUGCCACGAGCGGUGUAAACUAGGCCUGUGUUGAUCUUACAUCACCAUAAUCUAACGUUCACUUAAGCAUUUAAUUGUAAGUGCUAAAGAAUUAUUCCUCAGUCAGAGUGACAGUUUUAUCCACCAUGCUUUUCAAACUGUCUUGGAAUUAUGGGAUGCUCAAUUAUAUAAAGGAAGCACACGCUGCGUCGUGCUGUAAAAGCGAACGUAGCGAUGUUACUGACGUUACCAUCAGCACACGCCUAGUCCAAACCCACUGGUUAUAUUUUUACGGAGGGAAUUGGAGAAAAGCUCUGUUUUGAUGUGAUGUUGCCUCGAGACUUUUGAAAGACGCCGCUUUGGCUCCAUGUCAGGAUUCUUCACUUUCAGUCACUUUUGAGGUUUCUUUUUUUUUCCCCUCCAGUUCCGUUCUGUAACUUCCUUCAAGUCACAUAAGUCACUUUUCUUUCUUUUUCUUUUUUCCUUUUUCUUAAAAAAAAAAAGUGAGAAACCUUCCACAGCCUUUCUCCAAGUCAUCUGGUGUGACCUUGACCAGAUCCAGCUGUGAUCGGUGGAAGAGCAAGCAGAUGUUUUGCAGGUUUAGGGAUUAAAUCGGCCUUUUUUUCCCUCUUGAUGAAUGCAGGAUGAUCGUAGCUGCCUGCUUAAACAAACUCCAUGCAUCCGAACAUCUUCAGUAGCUCACCCAGCUGAUCCAGCGGCAGUGCAAAAAGAGGGGGAAAAAACAACCAGAAUUCCUGCGGCUCUGAUUUCAUUCUCUCUCUCUCUCUCUCUCUCCGUCCCAUAACUCUUUCAGUGUCUAUAUGUGUUGACUGUAUCAGUGUUCUGAUCUGUCCCUAGAGUUUAGAAGGAAAAAAAAAUAAUAAUAAUAAUCGCUGGUAGAGAUUGUUCACUAGCUCAUCUACUGUUUUGAGUUCUGUUUUCUCUCUUUCUCUCUCCUUUCAUUUUUAAUUUAAGGGAAAAGUGUUUUGUCACCUCCGUGCUACUGAAUUAUGAAAAAGGUAUCCAGUAUUUGUUGCCACAAAAGUAUAGUUCGACGACGUUUUUUUUUGUUUGUUUGUUUGUUUGUUUGUUUGUGCAACCUCUUGAGCUAAUGUCUAUAAACAAAAAUUUAUUACUAUUUAUGUAAUGCUACUACCAUUUUAUAUGAUUUGUGUUGA